UCCCAGAGGAUCCCAUAAUCCGGCGUGAGGUUAAUGAAGUCGCAGCAUCUCGGUCACUGGUGAGAAGUGUCCAUCCUGUCCGCGAUGUUGCCAGGACUCGUAGUGGUGGCGGCUCUGGUGGUGAGCGUAUUGUCCCAGUAUCCCGAGCAGCCCCAUGGCUGUUCUCAAGGCAGCUGCUAUCCGGCCACUGGGGACCUGCUUGUUGGCCGAGCUGACAAACUCAAGGCCACGUCAACCUGCGGGCUCCAGAGAGCGCAACCCUAUUGUAUCGUGAGUCAUCUUCAGGAUGAGAAGAAGUGCUUCGUCUGUGACUCCAGAAGGCCUUAUAACCAGCUGACCAACCCCAUCAGUCACCGCAUUGAAAAUGUCAUUACCACGUUCGCUGAAGGUCGCAAGAAAGCCUGGUGGCAGUCAGAGAACGGAGCCUCUGAAGUGAGCAUUCAACUGGACCUGGAGGCUGAAUUUCACUUCACUCACCUGAUCAUGACCUUCAAGACAUUCAGACCGGCAUCCAUGUUGGUUGAGCGCUCGUCAGACUUUGGUCGAAGUUGGCAAGUUUACCGGUACUUUGCUUACGACUGCGCAGCCGUCUUCUCUAAUAUUUCCCGGAACACUCUGAGAAAAGUGGACGAUAUCAUCUGUGAAUCCCGCUACUCCGAAAUUGAGCCGUCAACAGAAGGAGAGGUGAUAUACAGAGUUUUGGAUCCAGCAAUCUCAAUCAGAGACCCUUAUAGCCCCCGGAUCCAGAAUCUUCUCAAAAUUACCAACCUGAGGAUCAAUUUCACCAGACUGCACACGCUGGGCGAUAACUUGCUCGAUUCCCGCCAGGAGAUUAAAGAGAAGUAUUACUAUGCUCUCUAUGAGCUGGUGGUCAGAGGAAACUGCUUCUGCUACGGACAUGCCUCCGAGUGCGCGCCCAUCCAAGGCAUCUCCAAGGAUGAAGAGGGCAUGGUUCAUGGCAGAUGUGUAUGUAAACACAACACGAAUGGGCUGAACUGUGAGCAGUGUGACAGUUUCUUCAAUGACCUUCCCUGGAGGCCAGCCGAGGGACGCAGCACAAAUGCUUGUAAAAAGUGCAAUUGCAACAACCAUUCUAGAAAGGGCCACUUCGACAUGGCGGUCUACCUGUCCACCAGGAACACGAGCGGAGGCGUUUGUGACGACUGCCAGCACAAUACAAUGGGGAGGAACUGUGAGCUGUGCAAGCCUUUCUACUACAAAGAUCCCACUAAGGACAUCCGAGAUAGCAACGUGUGCAAAGCUUGUGACUGUGACCCAGACGGCUCUCUUAACGGCGGUCUCUGUGACGCUCAGGACGAUUCAGCUUUGGGUCUCAUUGCCGGACAAUGCCGAUGCAAAGACUUUGUUGAAGGUCCCCGAUGUGACAGAUGCAAGUCUGGAUUUUUCGGUCUCAGCGCUGGCAGCUUCCAAGGAUGCAGAAGAUGUCAGUGUGACACAAGAGGAACCAUUUCCGACGGCACCCAGUGUGAUUCUAUCAGCGGGGACUGCUUCUGUAAACGCUUUGUAACUGGACGCAGCUGUAACCAAUGCCUGCCGGAAUACUGGGCGCUUAGUAAUGACCUUCAUGGAUGCCGGUCAUGUGACUGCGAUGUCGGAGGUGCAUGGGAUAACCAGUGCUCCUCAGAGACAGGCCAGUGCCGCUGCAGGAACAACAUGGUCGGCAGACAGUGUAAUAUGGUGAAAUCCGGCUCCUACCGUAUCAACUUGGAUCACUACACCUAUGAGGCUGAGUCUGCACUACUCCGACAGGGAUGCUCUGUGUUGGAGCGGGAACGUAUGGUGGGCCGCCCCGCUACAUGGACUGGACCUGGAUUUGCUCUGGUCCCUGAGGGUGGAGUUAUAGAAUUUCAGAUCAGCAAUAUUCCAUUCUCAAUGGAGUAUGACACCAUCAUACGCUAUGAGCCCAAGUUUCCAGAGACAUGGCAGCAGGUGAAGAUAACAGUUAUCAGGCCCGGGCCUAUUCCAUCCAGCAGUUCCUGUGGUAACACCAUCCCCGCUGAUGAUGUCAUGACCGCGUCAUUUCCGACUACAUCCCGACAUGUUGCCUUGGCUCAGCCAAUCUGCUUGGAGCGUGGGGUCAGUUACACCAUCCGCCUGGAUUUCACCAAGUACAACCUACGGGAGAAGGUACCAGGAGCCAACAUCCUUAUAGAUUCGCUGGUCCUCGUUCCUCGUUACUCCUCCUUGGAGAUGUUCAUUGCUGGUGACCCGGCCUCCAUUCAACGCAAAGAAGCCUUUGAGAGAUUCCGUUGCCACAGCAGCAAUAUCAAUGUGUUGAAAUCAUCCACCAAUGAGGUGUGCACCAAGUUCAUCACCAGCAUGUCUGCCGUCAUCCAUGAUGGUGCCCUUGCCUGUAAGUGUAACCCUCAAGGAUCUCUGAGCUCAGAGUGCGACCCUUACGGGGGACAGUGCCGAUGUAAGCCAAAUGUCAUUGGACGACGGUGCGACCAAUGUGCCCCUGGGACGCACGGAUUUGGAACUAGCGGCUGCAAAACCUGUGACUGUAAUCUGGAGGGAUCCUUGCAUGGCUUCUGCGACCAGAACAAUGGGCAGUGCCCUUGUCGGCCUGGUGCAUACGGCCCCAAGUGUGAUCGCUGCCAGCCGGGCCACUGGGGCUUUCCGAACUGCCGAAAGUGCCUAUGCAACGGCCACUCGGAGGAGUGCGACCAGAGGACGGGGGCUUGUCUGAAAUGCCGAGACAACAGUGUGGGAGACCGAUGUGAGAGAUGUGCUCCUGGUUUCUACGGAAACCCUGUACUUGGGUCAGGUGAUCAUUGUCGUCCGUGUCCAUGUCCAGAGGGUCCCAAUAGUGGGCGGAACUUUGCUGUAUCGUGUCACCAAGAACCGCGGUCAAGGCAGGUCAUCUGCAAUUGCAACCAGGGCUACACAGGACCGCGAUGUGACGAGUGCGCUCCUGGAUUCUACGGAAAUCCCUUUCAGGCUGGAGGACGCUGCCUGCCCUGUCAGUGUAACCAGAAUAUCGACAUGACCGACACUGGGUCCUGCGACCGCCGCACUGGCAUGUGCGUCAAGUGCCUGUACAACACAGAAGGACGGUUUUGUGAGCAAUGCCGCAAUGGCUACUAUGGCGAUGCAUCAAGACGCAACUGCCGGAAGUGUGUCUGCAACUUCCUGGGGACAGAUCGGGGUCAGUGCACCUCCAGAGACGACUGCCUGUGCCACAAAACAAGCGGCCAGUGCCAGUGUCUGCCCAAUGUCAAAGGACAGAGUUGUGACCGCUGCAGCCCCAACUUUUGGAACCUGGCAAGCGGAAAGGGAUGCGUCGCCUGCAACUGUGACCCCCACAACUCCUUCAGCUUAAGCUGCAAUGAGUUUACAGGGAGGUGUCAGUGCAGACCCGGAUUCGGAGGUUCAAUGUGUACGGAGUGCCAGGAAAAUUACUGGGGGAACCCCGGCUCUCAGUGCAGGGCUUGUGACUGCGACCGCCGUGGCAUUCAGUCUCCCCAAUGUAACCGUGGCACCGGCCACUGCACGUGUCGCCCCGGAGUCUCGGGCGUUCGCUGCGAUCAGUGUGCCCGCGGCUUCUCUGGACUGUUCCCUGACUGCCAGCCCUGCCACCAAUGCUUUGGAGACUGGGACCGCAUCGUCCAAGACUUGGCCAGCCGCACCCGAGGACUGGUACGCCGCGGCAAAGACAUCCAUCUGUCCGGCGUAGCUGGGGCCUACAGGAAAAACUUUAAGGACAUAGAGGACAAACUAGCCAAGGCGCGAAAGAUCGUCAACUCCCGAAAUGCAACGGUGGAGUCGGUGACAAAUCUGAUGAAAAUCAUGGAUGACCUAAGGAAUAGAAUUAACGAGUCAACAGAGGCGCUGACCCAGCUGGAGACCCAGCUGACCAAUGUGCAAGAUGAAAACUUUGACGCUAAUCACGAUCUUGUUGAGCUGGAGAGGGAGGCGCGCAGCUUAAACAUGACCGCUAAGGAAAGGGCACAUCAGCUGGACGUUCUGAAGAACUCCAACUUUUUAGGGGCCUAUGACAGCAUCCUCCGUUCCUACUCCCAGUCAAGACAGGCUGAGCAGCUGGCCAACGUGUCAGCGAUCAACGUCCCCAGCCCUGUUAGCGACUCGGCCAAAACUCGUCACAAAACGGAGCAGCUGAUAGCGAGAAACCUGGCUGAGUUUAACCGGAAGAACGCAGCUAACCGCCGGGCGCUCGGUGAUGUGACCGCUAAAGUGAACACACUCGACCUGAGGAAUGUCAAUGAAAAGGUUUGUGGGGCCUCCGGAGACGCUUCCUGCUCAGAGAGCCCCUGCGGGGUUGCCGGAUGCCGAGAUGAUGAAGGAAAGAGGCUCUGCGGGGGUCUGAACUGCAAUGGUGCUGUUGCAACCGCUGACAACGCUUUGGACCGCGCCAAGCAUGCUGAAGAAGAACUGCAGAGAGCCUUGGGAGAAGUGGAUGUCUUACUGCAAAAGGUGGCAGAGGCGAAGGCAAAGGCAGACAAAGCUAAGCAGAGGGCCCAGGCCACUCUUGAUCGUGCCAGUGAGACGAAAGGCAGAGUGGAGCGCUCUAAUAAAGAACUGCAGCAGCUCAUCCAGCAAAUUAAAGACUUUCUGAACCAGGAAGGAGCGGACCCGGACAGCAUUGAGAAAGUGGCGAGCGGAGUCCUGGAUCUCUCCAUUCCCGCUACUCCACAGCAGAUCCAGCGUCUUGCAGAAGAAAUCAAAGAUCGGGUGAACGCCCUGUCCGACGUUGACUCCAUUUUGGACCACACGGCCACUGAUGUUCGUAGGGCUGAACAGCUGCUAAACGAGGCCAAGCGAGCCAAGAUCCGGGCUGAGAAUGUGAAGAGUACAGCGGAGUCUGUGAAGAAAGCUUUGGAAGAUGCCAAGAAAGCUCAAAGUGCUGCCGAGGGGGCCAUCCAAAGCGCCACCGAUGACAUUAUAGACACAGAGACAAAGCUGACAGCGAUCCAAUUAGACACCUCAAGCGCUGAGAAUCGCCUGAACGAGGCUAUGGAUCGCGUGAAUGAUCUGGAUAAGCAAAUCGAUGCCCUGAAAGUCAAGCGGGCAGGGAACAGCUUGGCAGCAACUCGAGCAGAGGAGACAGCUAAUGCGGCACUUGAUAAGGCCAACGAGGCAAAGAAGGUGCUGGACGGGCAGCUUGGAGAUAAAUAUAAAAUGGUAAAGAACUUUGUCGAACACAAAGCCAAAAACAUAAAGGAUGCCAAGAAUAAAGCAGACCAGCUAAGGGAUGAAGCAAAGCAGCUUCUAGGCAACGCUCAGGAUAAGCUGAAGAAGCUGCAAGAACUGGAGGUCGCCUAUGAGAAAAAUGAGAUUAUUCUUCAAGAUAAAGCAAAGCAGCUGGAAGGCCUGGAAGAGAAAAUGAAAGACAUCCUCAAUGCCAUCAACCAACAAAUCCAGAUUUACAACACGUGCCAGUGA